AAAUGGCGGACCUUGAAAGUUCUCUGACAGCAAUGGACUGGCUCCCUCGAUUAACCGUCGGGGGAGCAAUGGCAGGCAGUAUUAACAAAGAUGGUAGUGUUAAUACAAAGACACAGGGUGGGAAUAUUGCCAUGAGAAAGUCUCCACAUUCACCUUUGGACACUAAUGCGACUCUUGACGAAAACGAUGGUGUCACACACAGAGAAGGAAAACCACCAUAUUCAUACGCAAAUUUAAUAACAUUUGCUAUUAACAGUUCUAAUAAAAAGAAAAUGACACUCAGUGAGAUUUAUCAGUGGAUUUGUGAUAACUUUCCGUAUUAUAAAGAGGCGGGCAACGGAUGGAAAAAUUCCAUUAGACACAACUUAUCACUGAACAAAUGCUUUCUCAAAGUUGCUAGAUCAAAAGAGGAUCCUGGGAAGGGUUCAUACUGGGCAAUAGACAGUAAUCCACAAGAGGAACCUUUACCUAUCAGACAGGCCAGGAAGAGAAAAUUCGAGAUGUCAAGCCCAUACAGUCCUGAGUCUGGUCACAGCAACUCCAGUAUGGGUUCUCCGUCCCCAGCCCCUAAUAGCCAGGCCCCGAUCUCACAGGCACCAAGCCAAACCCUGGGCCAAAUAUCACAAGGUUCGUUUAUCGAAAACAAUUCUCACUUAGAAACGGACCUUGGCGCUUCGUUUAGAAGUCUCUAUAAAAUGCUGGACACGCCAGCAGGAAGCUCCGUACCUCAACAUCAGAAUGGUUUAAAUCUAGGAAAUGCUUCACUGGCUCAGUCAACCGGUCUUGGCCUUGACCUUCUACAAAACCUCGACACCUUAAAAGAGAGCCUUCGUCUUGCUAGCACGGGGACAUAUAAUUGGCAGGAUAUCGAUAUCUCACAGUUUCAGGGUUUGGUGGACACCAUGAAGGCAGGGGAAAGCACGAAUUGGUCGUUCAAUCCGGAACAGUUUGCUGACUUGGCAUCAUCUCUGUCAUGCUUUUUCAACCAGACGAAUAACUCCCCCCCGUUCACAACACACCUACGACUUGAAUUCAGGCCAAGGAAAUCCGAUGUUUAAUGGUCAUGGUAAUGAUCUGUUGUUGAAAGUGCCCGACACAUUGUCCGGAAUAAGUCCACAGGUGUCUCCAGCAUCUACGACGGACAGUUUUGUAUCUGGCCGGCCUAGAGUUGAAGUACAGCGGGUAUAUAAUUCCCCACCACCUGCACACAUUUCAACUGAUGAUAUUGAAGAAGAUUUUACAGACUGGGACAAGUUGUUAUGAGAUAAGAGUGCAGUUUUACCUGUGAAAAACAUGAAACCAGUCAAUAUGCAGACUGGAACAAGGUGUUUUGAAAUGAAAGUGCAGUUUCAACUGUGUAACAUAUGUAACCAGUCAACAUGCAGCUAAAUAUAGCACACUAUUGCCUAAUAUAGAUCAUUUAAAGCUUUGAAAGUCAUAAAGAAAGACUGCUUUGCAAAAAUGGUACUCAUGGCUGUGCUUUUGGUAUGAAUGACUUAAUUGGUUGACAUUAUCAUAAACUGGUAUACCAUAAUUGCCAGAUGUACACCAGAGAACGGACUGGUUAAUGAUAUCAUGUGAAUUGACAUAUCUUCAAUAAGUCUGGAAAUUGUAACCAUCAUCAUGUGGAAAGCAAUUUGUUUGUUUCUGUUAGAUUAUUUCAAAGUUGGUAUUAUUAUUAUUAGGUGAUUUUAUAACUGGGUAUCUCAGUUGAAUCAACGAAUCUCUGUAAAUUCGGUCCCAUGGGAAAAGUGCAAACUUACAGUUAAGCAAUAAAGUUGGUCUAAGUCUUAAAGAACCAGUUCAGUUAAAUAUACAACCAGUCAUAGGUAGGCAAAGUUAAGGAAUUCAGAUAUUAUUAGCCUUUGGGUAGAUGGUCCUUUUUGUUAUAAAUUUAUGGAAGAAGAUGAAAAAUAUACAAAACAAAAGAUCUUGUUGAUAAAUUCUGCACCAGAUGCUUACACAACUGUUCAUGGUGGCACCUUAUUGCUGAAGUUACUGUAAAUCAUUGAGUAUAGUGAGCACUAUUUCCCCCAAGAAUUCUUAUGACUAAAAUGCCUGUGUCUUAUAUACAGUAUUAGGCUUUUAACGUUGUUUUUUCCAUUUCAAGCCAAAUAUGGUUGUUUACAUUUCACUUCAAAGGGAUGCUAUUCACAUUGAUUGAUGUAUUAAGUUAUAACGUCAAAACAAGUAUGGUGUUUUUUUUGCCUGCGUCCUAUAUACAAUAGCUCCCUAUACACAAUGGUUUUCAGUUAACACACAGAGAGAAUGUAAUAAUGUUGUUAAUGUUUCUUUUCUAUGUGACGGUUGUUUUUGAUUAAAAUGGCGUUAUUGUUGAUCUAUUGGAUUUUAUUUAUUAUCAUGUACAGGAUAUUUAUUUAUUCCUCUUAAUGCUAACAUUCCAUAACUUCUGAGUAACUCAUCCCCUGUAUAUAAAAACCAUUGGAACCUUCCUGUCAAUUGGCCUAUUAUAUGAUGACUUUUUGCAUCUAUUUAACUUAGGAAGCAAUGCUCUUUAUAGAUCUGUAUAUAUGUUUUAGUCGUUAAAGUGUGGUCAUUUUAGAUAAUGUUUAUUUGAAUUUGAAGGAAAUAGAACCUUUUAGUUAAUCUGAAAAUAACUUACUUUACUACUAAAUUAGUUAAGGUAAGCCCGCAAUCAUUAAUACAAAAAUGUACUACUUGUAAAGUUUCAUUUUAAAGUUACAAAAUAAUAAAGUUAUAAUAGUUUUCACUGAGAACGUUUUUAUUUAUUUAGACAUUAUGUUAUCGAAGAAAAUAAAUAAAAUUGCUAUGUAAUAAUAGUAAUAUUUUAUUUCAUUAUUUCCAUAUAAUAUAUCAUAAGAGUGUCAUCAUUAUGGGGUUAUACAAAAAUGUAAUUCAUGCAAAAUUAAUUUUAUGUUUAAUCAAUAUAAAUUAAACUUAAAAAUAAUCUUGAUGUUAAUAUCUAUAAUGCACCAACACACCUAUGCAUCCUGAUGAUGGAUGGCUUACCCUAAGUUAUGUUAUUUUGUUAUGUGCUUGUUAACAAGAGAGCUCCAUUUACAUCAAUACCUCAAGGUUCUGUUUUAAUAAAGAUCGUAGUCAAUUUUAGUCAUAAAAUAAAACAUCUUAGUGUAAUAUUCUGUUAUUUUUCUACAUAUUUCAGUGGACUGAACUUGCCGCUAUUAAAAAUGAACACAAUUGAGGAAAUAAAAAAAUAAUUGAUCACCAUUUGUGACGCCUGAGAUUAUUGAAGUCACGACAAAAAUAUUUUAUUAAAAUAAACCAUAGGGCCGGGUAUAAAUAAAGGCUCUUAGACUUAGUAGGAAUGUCAUAGUUGGCAAGAAGUCUUUUUUCGUUUCUAUAAGCUGCAUUCUCACAGAUUGACCAUUUUAACAACUUUUUUUUUUUGUCUUGGAAAGAGGUAUUUUUUCGCGUAAAUAUCUGCAAACCAAUGAUAUAAGAUUGCUGACAAAAAUUCAGAUUGUAGAUUUUUAUAUUUCUGUUCGAAAAUUAAUGCUUUAUGGCUUAAACCGUUACUAUAGGUUUAAGAAAACUGCAUAAAAUAUCAAUUUUUAACUUAAAUAUAAAAAUCUGCGAUCUGAUUCUUUGUCAGCAGUCUUUUAUAACUGGUUUCCAUGGAUUUUUGCAAAAAAUGGCUCGUUCCAAGACAACAAAAAAAAAAUGUCAAAACGUUCAAUCUGUGAGAGUGCAGCUUUAAACAGUUACUGUGCUUUCAAAUUAAGCUCUGACUCAAGUUAAAUUUUGAUGAUUGUAAGAUAAUUUCCUUUUACAACUUAGAUCUUUAGUGAAACAGGUCCCAGAUGAAUAAUUACUAUGACAGGUACAUCUUGCUGUAAAUAUUGCACUUGAAUAUUAAGUUUAGAAUUUAUCCGAUUCUCCGAUGUUUUUGAAUUGGUAGAUUUAUCUAUUUUACAUUUAUGUUGAGGAAAAAAUGAAGGUACUUAAUUCAUCAGAAAACACUUUACAAACAAACUUAUGACUAUAAAUAGAUAGACCUCCCGAGAACUUUUCUUUUCAACACAAUGUACCUCAAACUACCAUUAUUAUAUUCUUUUCCAUUUUGAUUUAAUUUAAAGUGUUUGUUUGUAAAUGAUAAAAAGUUAUUCAUUUUAAUUUAUUGUUUUUGAUGGCCUUGUUUUGAGAAGUUUUCUUGUUGCAUGUACAUGUAUUCAGCUCAUUAAUUUUUGUCUUAACAAAACCCAAUGAAGUUUCAAAAAUGAUACACAUGAAGAUAUAAAGAUUGUACAAAAUAUUAUAAAAUUCAUUCUGACAUUUAUAAAUCAUGACUAUUAUUAUUUAUUAUUAUGGUAAUUUAUUACUGCAGCUGUUUAUCUGUUUGCCAAACUUUGAUAGUUCAAAACAGUGAAACGGGGUUUUGAAUUUGCUUUGAGAAAAAGUUGAACUAAUUAUUUGUAUAUCAUUAUACUGUUAUACUGUAGAAAUACUUAGAGCCCAUAGUUUGUAGUUAAGUAGACUGACCACUAAGUGACAAAUCUCUGUGUCUGUGUUGUUUUUUUAUGUGUAAAGUGCUUAUUUUAUUUCCAUGUUAAAACCAGUAAUGUAAUAUUCCAGCUCUGCAAUAAUUUUAACUAAGAUUAAAGCUCACAGUCUUUUCAUCUCGUACAAAUUUUGGUUUAUUUCUUCAUGAAAGAGAAGGAUGUUUGCAACAACUGAUUUUUGAUUUGUUUACUGGUACUUAAUUCAUACGGUUGUGUUGAAAAAACCUGCUCCAACUCCUUUGAAGUAUUUUGAUAUUUUACUGUAUGAACAAAUGAAAUAUUUUGUAAGUAUGAAAUGUUUGUCUUUUGCUCAUCUAUUUUUCAAAGGAAAAAGUCGAGGUAUUGUCAUAGUCUGGGUGUUGUUGUCGGUGACGUCGGCGUUGUUGUCUUGCCGGAAAUCUAAUCUUGGUCAUAACGUGAAAAUGAUUCUAUAAAUUCAUAUGAAACUUGGUAUACAUGUUACUUGAGGGUAAUUCUCAUGUAUGUAGCCAGGCCCAUAACUCUGGCAUUAAUAACUAUGGGGUUGUGCCUUUUUCAAUUAAAAAAAACAACAGGCGAGCAUUAUUGUUCACUCCGCGGCACUCUUGUUAUUACAUACAGCUGUCUGCUCAGUUAAAUACAAUAAAUAAUGUUUCCGCUGUUGCAAAGAAUUGAUUCUUUAAGUUGAAAUUUUACCAUGCAAUAUUUGAAAUCCUCUGGCCCCAAUUUCUCGAAACUUCUUAAGUCCCUUAUAACAGGAUUAAGCUAAACUCACUAUUUUUGUUGUUCUAUAAUAUGCGUUAUAUUUACUUCUUUAAGAGUUUUUAGAAAUUAUACAAGAAAAAUCUGUAUGCUAAUUAGAAGAAACCCUUUUUCAUUUAUCAAAAUCCAUUAUGAGUAUGUUUUAUGGCUAAUUGAAAUAAGCGACUUAAGCCUGUUAAGCUUAAGAAGUUUCGAGAAACGGGGGCCUGGACUGUUGAAAUUUGUAACUAAAGCAUGUUCUGAAUGUCGGGAAGUCUUGUCAGUUCUAGUAAUAAUUUUGAUUGUGAUAAACUUAUGGGAAAGAGCAUGAACUUUUUCAAGUUAAUGAAAUAAUCUCAAAAUAAUUUUGAUUUUUUUUGUUUGUAAUAUGCUUGGUGCAAAUAUCCAAGUUAGAGGAAUGAUUUCAAAACAUUGAUUUUUUAUUCAAUAAGUUAGUCUUACAGAAACAUUCUAGUUCGAGGAAUGAUUUCAAAACAUUGAUUUUUUAUUCAAUAAGUUAGUCUUACAGAAACAUUCUAGUUCGAGGAAUGAUUUCAAAACAUUGAUUUUUUAUUCAAUAAGUUAGUCUUACAGAAACAUUCUAGUUCGAGGAAUGAUUUCAAAACAUUGAUUUUUUAUUCAAUAAGUUAGUCCUACAGAAACAUUCUGGUUUUCCUUGUAAGAAUUUCUGAUGUACAAUCAGCCUUUGAAAUUGGUGGGUGGGGUAUAGUGGAUUUUUUGAAACAGUGGCAAACUUUGUAAUAUGUAUAAUACGUUUUUAAUCAGUACUAACUCUUGUUAGACUGAGUCUAACAAUUCAGUGUAUUGUAAUAAUUUAUUGAGGCUGGCCUUGUUUCCUUGUAUCUUUGCUCAUUCUAUAUAUAUACUAUCUCACUGAAUUUGUGAGAAAAAAUGUCUUUUUUAUUUUGUUUUUUCUUUUUAUUCAUUUUUCAUUUACUUUUUCAAAAUUAUUUGUUAUUUGGACUCACAAGUUUAUAAAUGAAAACCCAUGGUUUUGCAAACAUUAGACAUGUUUUAAAGGCUUAAUACAAUAAUUUAUCAUACAAUUGUACAUAAAUCUAAAUUAAUUUAAUUCUGCUGAUGCAUUGGUUAGAAAGACUCAAUUUUUAGUUAGUGUGUUUUUUGAGGGAAUGUCAUAGCCUUUGUGUUGUUGGUGAAAAAAACAGAAGCAAGUGAAAAACUUCUGUGUUUGUCAUAACUCAAAAAACUAUCAAAUAUAUUAAUUGAACUAUGUGAAUAUGCAUAUCAACAUAUAGCAAGUCCCAUAAUUCCGGCUAAUUAGAAGAGUGAUGACCCUUGAUUGAAAAAAACAGAGCAGCGUUGGCAUCCACUGGUGGUACUUUUGUUGUUAUAUUUUUAUUCAAAACCAUACAAGUCUGCUGAUACUAUGGUGGCAUAGUUGCACCAUAUUAAUAGUAUUGUGAAGUGAUAAUACUAUUGAUUGUUAUAAUUUCGCAAUGGUUAAAGGUUUGAAUAAAAUUGCUAAUUGAUGAAGUCACAAAAUUUAAAAUUUAGAGCAAUAUUAAUUAACUGAUAUUUUCUAAACUGAAUGUUUGAAAUAAUUACAUCUUGCAUUUUGAAUCUUGAAUAACUUGGAAAAACGUGAAAAAUGAGGACCUCUGAAAUGAAGACAAUCUGCUGUAUAUUGAUUCUGACAUUUUGAGCUACAUUAUUCAUUCAAUAUGUUAGCUUGUAGCCGGUUGUUAUUGUAUAGUGCAAAUAUUUUUGUAUUCUAACUGACUCGUUAUCCAUUCCUUCAGGUAUAUACAUUGUUUUUUUGACACAGGAAUCAUUUAUUGAUACGAAAACCAUCUGCUGCUUUAUUUGCAAAUAUAAUUGGCUUUUUAUGCAGUUUGUGAACCAUUUUCGUUUUGAAUAGAACACACUUUAUUUGUGUGACUAAAAUGUCAUCAUAAUAAGACACUGUCCCUGUGUCGCAUACAAAUUGUGCUGAAAAUGAAUGAUGGGCCGAUUGUUCAGAACUUUGUUAAAUUUAACAACAUGGUUUACGACAUUGUUGUUCACUUUAAACAUAAAAUAUUUGAUGAUGUACUACCAUAUUCAAAUAAAGCCAAUAUAUUUAAAACAGUUGUCUCAAAUAUUAAGAACAGAGCAGAUCAUGAGUGUAUCUUCUCAGCUUCAAGAGAAGCAAGAUUUGAAUGUUAACAAUGAUGAAGAUAACAAAAUUGUUAACUUCAACCAAGAUCUUAACAAUUGGCUCAAUGUAGAAUAUUUUUUUCAGUGAAUUUGUUCACUGGCAUUAAGUUUAAAAUUAUUGGAUAUCUCAAAUUCAAUAUUUCUUUUACCUUAUUAAGAAAAUUUACCUUAAAAAGUUUGAUCAUUUGAAGAAAAUGUUUUGUCUUUCACACUGACCAAAAAGAAAGUGAGAAAAAAGCAAUAGAAUUUGAUGAUGUUUUUUUUUGCUCUCUUGUACUUACCCAUGAAUAUCAUUCUUAUAUCAUUUUGAUGUUUACGUCAUGCACAUAACAUGUCAGGAUAGGGUUAAUGAUUCUCCCAUUUAUACAUUAUAUACAUAUUAUGUUCCGUCCAGGAAUUGACAUGCACCAACCCUUUUGUUGAGUUUCAAUGAAUCUUUUAUUUAUAUGAUAUAUGAAUUGAAAUAAAGACUUUUUUCCAUGGUG